UCUCGAGGGUUCCGUUCCGUGCGUGUCGACCGACUUGGCCGAGCCUACACGUGCCGGAUGUGUUUGUUUUGAUUUUUUUACGAGCUGGGAAUCCGUGCGUUUUCGCGAGGUUCUAGUGGUUGAAAACAUCGAUUUUUGGAGCUGAUAAGAUCCUAACGCGAUCGUUAAGUGCGUGAUAAGGAUCCACCAUCGAAUUUAGUGUUUUUUUUAACUCUUAAAUUGUUGGUUUAGAGCGUCGUGUUCGGCGGCUGAUGCUAACAAGCGUUGUAAGCUAGGUCGUUUUCACGUCUGAUUCGUAAAAUGCUCACAGUAUACCAACGCUAAAAACGAUACAGCGUGUUCAGGAACAUGUGCUUGACUCUAAUUCGGCGCCCGAGAAAAGCCCAGAAGUGACCGUCGACAUGGUGACCGUGGCGGGAGUUUCGAAGGACCUAACGUGACCGACCUCCGUCAUGGGCGCCGGCGCCCAUGAUGAAACCUGAUGGGAAACCGGUUCAAAAGCCGGCUCCGAAGAAGUCCCAGCCGAGGAACGGGGGCCCCAAGUUGUCGCCGAACCGCAAGUCCAAGUCCACCGAGGCGCCCAAGAAACCGGACCCGAAGCGCGGCCUCUCCGUCGACUCGCCCAGGAAGCGCGACGCCCCCGCCAACGGCAGAAAGGGCGCCCCCCGCGCGAAUGGUGGCCCCGUGCGCGCCGAUCCCGCGGCCAUCGACCCGCAUUUGGACGCCCUCCUCCAGGCCCACCAUGGUGGAUCGCCCCGGGACCCUGAGGCUCAGCCCCUGAAGAGACGCAGCCUUUUUCGAUCACGCUCCACGUCAAGGGAAUCCAGCCCCGGCAACAUGCCGCGAUCCAAGGAUAGUGAUAAUGGCUCGUUCUCGUACGAUUUCAGCCUGGGGUCAUCAACAGGUUCCCUGAACAAUACCGUUGCGGAGGGCAAUGCAGACGACAGUAUCAAUGUCGUCGUACGGGUACGGCCACUCAACGCCAAAGAAAUCCAAAAUAAUGACCCGAGUAUAAUUUCGUUUCCAGGCAAUGGACAAAUUUUGGUCGAGGGAGUGAGUGAUAGAAUUGGUGGGACCGAUGGAAAUGGGCCGAAGACGAAACAGUUCGCGUACAAUAUCGUGUUUGAGCCUGGGGCCACUCAGUCGGACGUGCUUAUGUAUUCUGGCAUGACGAAACUCAUCCAAAUGGCGGUUGAAGGCUUUAGCACCACCGCAUUCUGCUACGGGCAAACCGGAAGCGGGAAAACGCACACACUCACCGGGCCACCAAAAUUGUUCGAGAAAAAUCCUGAUCCAUCGGACCCAGAGCAUGGACUUGUUUUCCGUUCCUUCAUGUACCUCUUUCAACUCCUCAAGGACAAAAGGGAUGUCCAUUUUGUGCUGAAAGCUUCUUUUCUUGAAAUCUACAACGAAAAAGUGAUAGAUUUGCUCAACCCUGGCCUGAGAAAACCCCUGGCCGUGCGAUGGUCAAAGAAAUCAAGAAGUUUCUUUGUUGAAAACCUCUUCACUGUAGACUGUGAAGAACUAGAUGAUCUACUGGCUGUGCUGGAGGAAGGUAUGCGGAAUAGGGCGAUGGGAGCGCACAUGAUGAACGAGCAUUCGAGUAGGAGUCACACUAUAUUGACUGUCCACAUAACGUCCGAGCAGCAAAUGGAAAAUGGCGUAUUCAUAACGAAACAGGGUAAAAUAAAUUUCGUUGAUCUUGCUGGUAGUGAAAUGACUAAGAAGACUCACAGCGAGGGGAAAACUUUGGAGGAAGCGAAUAACAUCAAUAAAAGCUUAAUGGUGCUAGGGUAUUGCAUAGCAAAGUUGAGUGAUCCAAAGAAAAAAGAAAAAGAACACAUUCCCUACAGGGACAGCAAGUUGACGAAACUCCUAGCUGACAGUUUAGCAGGAAACGGAGUCACUCUCAUGAUUGCGUGUAUCUCGCCCGCCAAAAGUAACGUGACCGAGACUUUAAAUACUUUGAGGUAUGCUGCGAGGGCCAAGAGAAUCAAAUCAAAACCUAUCGUCGUGAUGGAUCCGCGAGAGGCGUUGAUUGUCACAUUGAAGCGAGAAGUCGCUGCACUACAAACUGAAAAUGAACAUUUACGGGCUUCCUUAAACCUAAAAGCAGAUGAUCCGAUACCAAACGUUCCUUUGAGUUCGAAGACCCCAUCGAACAUUGAUUUGGAGAAACUGUCAAAAAUGAAAACGAGCGAACUUGUGGACAUGGUGAAACAUUACGCCAACGAAAACGAGGCUCUACGGAAGGAAAAUGCUGAUCUCUUCCAGAGUCGCGAUAUCCUCUCCAGAGAUCAUGCCGUUGUUUGCCGAGAGAACGAACGAUUGCUCAAGAAACUCGAGGAUGCCAAUUUAUUGCCGAAAGACAAAAAACACAGGAAAGGAAGUAUGAACCCCAACAACGCGGAUGAAAGUAAAAUGCCCGAGUCCGUCCAAAAAGAACUAGACAAAAGAAGAAUCGGUAGAACGUUGACAAACUUCAUGAAUAAUUUACGAGGGAAACGAAAUUCAGUUGAUGAAAUUAAACACGAAAAAACUUUAAAUAGGAAGGGGUAUCAUGACAAUGCUUUGCCUCCUAAGAGCAUGCUGAGGACUUCCAUUAUGCAAACACCAAAUGUCCAAAGAUGUUAGUUGAUGAAUCUGAGCGUGGUGCAGACAUGAGAAAGGCUACAGUUGAAUGCGUCACAUUUUGAGGCGCUGUUCCUACACUUGAAGAAUUUUGCUCAAAGUGAAAAUAUCGAGGGCCAAGUGCAUUGAUGCCGGCCGCUUGAGGUCUUUUAAUCUCACAACGAGUAUGAACUGACUCAAAACAUCUGGCACGUCAAACUUCGUCCAUAAUGUGUUGACUUCAAUGGCCCGUUCAUUCAUAUUUUCCACUUUAAGAUUCGGUUUGAAAGCCAAAAAUGGUGGAAACUCCCCCCCCCCCCCCGUUAUUUUUUAACCUUGAGUACCGGGGCUCGUACAGCAAAAUAAUCUGAAUUACAACGUUUUACAUUAAAAUAGAUUUAUUUUUACGAUACUUAGACUACUGUGGAUUAAAAGUCGCGAUUUUCACCCUCCAAGAUUCCUCGGUGCGUCAAAUGUGCGAAGUAAAGACUAUAAUAUGGUGAAUCCGAUUUAAAGGAUAGACUAACACAGGUGAGGGUCAUCUAACUAAAUGGACGUAUUCAAAUCAAAAGAAACUCGCGCUCUUCCUGACAUGAGACUCAUAAAAAUAUAUGCAUGGCAGGGCUCAUGUCGCAGUGGACGUACUUCCUUUUGAUUUAAAUGCAUGAAAAUGAUGAGAUAAAGUGCAUCAUUUUGCGACAUUGAAAAUGUCCAUCAUACCUAUUUUUGAACUGUAAAGUGGUGGAGUUUACGAUGAUAUAUCUCUUUUCCAUAAAAAUAUUACGAAGAUAUCAUCAACCAAUAAGGUUUGUAUAUUUUCCUUAAAAAAUAGAAUACAUAAUUUAAGGAAGAUCAAACAUUUUUACACUGCUCCAACAGAGGCUCAUACUUUUAGAGUGUAAUAACCGUCAAGAUUUUUCUUUUUAUUUUCUAAGCAUGCCAAAAAUUGGUUAAAAAUUGCUGAAAUUCGGCAGCCUCGGAUUUGCUCUUAUCAAUGCUCUUUCACCGCUCCUAAGAGCAUAAAUGCCAGUUGGUUGGAAAUUAACAUACUUCAUCUCGAAAUGAGUGCCGCUUUAUCGAUUACUUUUUAUUAGAAAAGGCAACAAUAAAGUGAGGAUUACGGCUAGCCAUGUUUGUUUAUGUUUUCACGCUGUCUGCGGCAUAUUAUCACUUGUACCGGCUUAACUUCUGAAGCAAGUUACUUGUAAGGAUAAAAUACCUCUCCACUUUUCUUGUUCUCUAAAUUUUUAUUUUUAUUUUUUUCAAAGUCACUGAGGAUGACUGGUGGCGAAGUCAGAUUAAACUUAUACACGUUGUAAAUAUUUCUGUAAAUGUCUGUGAAAAAUCAAUAGUAAUCAAACCAUAGUAAUGGUAUUAGCCUAAAUUGUUUUGUUAAAAUCCUUACUUGAAGGUACACACAUUCGCACGCAGAAGACAAUUACUGCGCAUUCAAUACAGG